AUGAUCAAUACUCUGAAUUCCAGUGCCCAAGAAACAUUGGAGAGUGUGAGAAGUGAUAUCAUUAAAAAAUGGGGAGAAAUUGCGACUGAGGGGGAGUCAGAAAGUGAUGCGAGUGAGUUUUACGCGGAAAACAAAACAGAACAGGAACUUUUAAAUAGAAUUUCUACGUCUUCAAAAUCCGUAGAUCAAAUGAAACCUUUAACAGCCGAGAAACUCGCAGCUUUUCAAAAGCAACUAGAUAAGACAGGAAUCGUUUAUCUAUCUCGUAUUCCACCGUUUAUGAAACCAUUAAAAGUUCGUCAUCUGUUGGAAAAAUUCGGUAAAAUCGGACAUAUUUAUCUUGCACCAGAAGACCCAAAGAUCAGAUUAAGGCGCAAAAAAUACGGUGGAAAUAAAAAGAAAAAUUAUACAGAAGGAUGGGUUGAAUUUCUUGAUAAGAAAGUGGCAAAAAACUUUUAUCAUGAUGAUUUAUGGAAUAUAAAAUAUUUACCGAAAUUUAAAUGGAAUCAUUUGACUGAACAAAUAGCAUACGAGAAUGCCUCGAGAGCACAGAGACUCCAAGCGGAAAUAUCUCAAGCAAGACGAGAGAACAAGGAUUAUGUAAAGAAAGUUGAAAAGUCAAAGAUGAUCAAAAGUAUGCAAGAAAAGAAACUCAAGAAACGAAAAACUACAGAUGAAUCUCUUGAUAUGAAUUCUGAUGAUAUUAAUGAUAAUAAUAAAGAAGACGAGCAUGAGACGAUACGUCGUAAAUUCAAGCAACGGAAAUUAAUAUCUAGUGAAUUGAAUUUAGAGAUUAAGCAUGAUAAAGUCUCACAUGAAAAUCAAAGGAAUAGUAGUACUAUUAGUAGUAAUAAUUCAACAAGAGAAAUUGAUCCAGAGUACCAAAGUGGCAGACUUUUCGUUUUUGAUAGAUCAGGUAUCUCGUUUUUGAUGGAUCUGUGA